ACCAGUUCGUCAGGAAAUACAAGAUCUCAGCCCACAGGUUGUUCAAUGUGAUUCUUGGGAAGUUCCUCCUUCAGCCAACUGUCAUUAUCUUCUGGAGCUCCCAAAACUAGGAAAGAACCUAAAUGUGAUUGCCCAGCAUGACUGGAGAGUGGAUAAUAAGCCAGUCAUUGGUCAUCUUUUGUGCAGCCUGGAUUUCCUUGGGGGAACUUCAUACCCAAGCAAAAGUCUCCAACAGUGUAGUGAAGGACAGAAGUCAACAAGAGGCUUGUGUGGGCAAAUGUCGUGCUGGUGGAGCGCUCUGCAGGAGGCCCUGUGACCCACCCUUCCAUGGAACUAUGACUUUUGAUUGCCUGGGAGGACAGUGGCAGAAGUCGACGGAGACGUGCGCCAGUCUGGAUGUCCAGUCGCUUCUCCAGAGGAUCUCCAAGCCACGGAUUGUUGGAGGAUACGAGGAGUAUUCGAGCCAUGGCUCUACAUCAGAAGCGAAUGGCAGACAGCCGUGCACCGCUGACUUCUCUUGCAUAAUCGGGGAUGUCCUCAGUGCUAAACCUGUCGCAGGAAACAUUGUUAACAUUGUGACACUGCUAAGAACCAUUUCCUCAAAUAAACCUGCAGGUGUCUCCAUUGACAAACUGAGGGACUACAGCAAGAUCGCCAGUCACAUUCUGGACGGCUCUGUCCUUCCGAACUGGGCUUUUGUGAACAACAAAAACGCCAGUUCUGAUUUGCUGGAAUCUGUGAUAUCAUUCGCUGGAAAACUGCAGAUCGGAAGCAGCCCCCCAAGCAUCUCCGAUCUCUUCGUUGCGACCAAAGGUGCUAGAAUCAGUAGAAACACUCCGGAGAAGAGUUUUACGUUUUCUUUGGGGUUUAACAAUUCAGAGAGUCACCUCAACGGGAGCAUCUCCCUUCUGAGGGAAGAACUCCGGCUCUUGCCCUCAGAUUCACAGGCUAUCAGUGUUGCCUGGCCCACCCUGGGCCCCAUUCUUGAGAAGACCCUCUUGAAAGAUGUCUCUGUGAACGGGAUGGUGCUGUCAGCCAUACUGCCGAAGGAGCUCAAAGAGGUUUCUCUCACGUUCGAGAAGAUAAAUAGAACAGUAAACUCUUUAUGCGUCGGCUGGCACUCGCACGAACGGAGGUGGGACAAAAAGGCCUGCCAGUUGCAAGAAGAGACUCCCACCUUGGCCACCUGCCGCUGCACACACCAGCCGGCUCGGUUCCAGUCCUUUUCCAUUCUCAUGUCAUCCGUUCACAUCAAUGACCCCACCUUGCACUUGGUUACAUGUGUGGGCCUACUGGUUUCCCUUUGUAGCUUGGUUCUGUUCUUGGCCAUAGAGACCGUGGUCUGGCCCCAGGUGAUCCAAACCCACAUAUCCUAUGUGCGUCACAUGUGUCUGGUGAACAUAGCAACAUCCCUCCUGGUUGCAGAUGUCCUGUUCAUUGUGGCGGCAUUCGUGAGCAACAUGCCGAGAAACCACAGCGGCUGUGUUGCCACCACGUUUUUUGUGCACUUUUUCUACCUUGCCUUGUUUUUUUGGAUGUUGGCUUUGGGACUCUUGAUUUUGUAUGGGCUGUUGGUCAUUUUCUGGCACCUGAGGAAGUCGACGCUAUUGGCUGUGGCUUUCAGCGUCGGUUACGGCUGCCCCUUGGUCAUCACGCUGCUCACUGUAUUGAUCACGGAACCGAAAAAAGGUUACCUGAGAGAUGGUGCCUGCUGGCUCAACUGGGAAGACACCAAAGCCCUCUUGGCCUUUAUCAUGCCAGCACUCCUUAUCAUUGGCAUCAACGCUGUGGUGGUAUUGGUUGUUAUUGCCAAGUCAGGAAGAUCUUCAGUCCAGGAUCGCUCCAAGACGCAAGACCUGGUCACGGUGAUCAGAGUUAGCAAAAAUGUUGUGCUCCUGACCCCGCUGCUAGGACUCACCUGGGGACUUGGGCUGGCAACUGUUUACAAUGACUCUUUAGGUUUUCACAUUGUAUUUUCACUGCUGAAUGCAUUCCAGGGUUUUUUUAUCUUGCUGUUUGGGACUCUUCUGGACCAGAAGACAAGAGAAACUUUACAGAUGAAAUGCUUUUCCUCACAGACCCUAUCGUGUGACACAACAACGUGAAUCACCUGAAAUAAUGAAUGAACUCUGAGCCCAACUUGAAAAUGCUUUCAUAUGGAGGAAGAUACAAGCGCCACACAACACAGAAUCAAACCAUCUCGCGUGUUCCCUGUACUUCCGCGUCACCUCCUCUUUCCUCAGCCUCCCACCCACCCACCCUCCCUGCCAGCAGAGAAAACAAGAGCAGAUGAAGAUGCAAAGUGAAACUGAGGAGUGCUGCUGGUGGAAGAGACAGACAGUCUGGUCUGAAGGAAGGAAGGAAGGCUUU